AUGAAUAACAACGAUGAAAUUAUAUAGAAGUUGGAUGUGAUUGUUGCAAAUUACUUAAAUCAACGAGAUCAUAAUGGUUAACUGCUAACUUAAAAAUAUUCAGAGGCUUACAUAUAUUCUUUAGUUCAGAAACAUUUAUUUGACUAUGAAGCAAUUUUUACAGCAUCACAAAAAUCUGUAAUUGAUGUCUUUGAUUUUAUAACUUCCCUAUUAAAAGUAUAUUUACAGUUAUCCAAACUUAGUUUACUUCAGAACCCAUAGAGGACACCUUAUUUAUAAUUGUAUAAGCCAUAGAUUUCUUCAAAGCAAUCUGUGAAGAAUACUAAACUUAUACUAUCAAAUUUUGUGACCUUUCAAGUUAUCUUUGUAAAUACAAUCCCAAUUUGGAUGAUGUAAAUAUCCAAUCUGAUUUUAAUAGAAGGAUGUACCUCUACAAAAUAGAACCAUAACUUAUCAUAAAUAUCCUCCUUUGAAAUAAUUCAAUAAACCAUAAAGUAGAUAAGUAAGAAGUAUUGAUUUAGAGGCUCCAAUCAUUCUUGGAACUCUAGGUCAUUAUAUAAAAAGAAUCAAUAAAGAUAAAGUAUAUAUAGAUUCUUAGAAAAACUAAAACAGUUCUAUUCUAAGAAUGUAAUAUUAAGAAUCAGAAUCUAAGAUUCUAAUACUCCAUCAAUAUAGUGAUUAUAUUAGUAUUUAUAAUCCAGAUUGUACAUUGUUAAAUAGAUUGAGACCAAAGGCAUAAUAAUUGAGAAAUAUUAUUCAUGAUUUUUGUUGGUCUGAAGAACAAUAAAGAAUUGGUAUAUUAUUUAAAGAUGCAUGGAUUUGUUUUAUGGAUUAAAGUGAUUAAUUUGAAUUGGAAAAGUACUUUACAACAAAAAUAGAUUAAAAUAGAAUAUAUUAUGUUCAAAGCAAAUGGAUGACUGUAGGUACUGAUUCAAAAAUAUCUAUAUGGAAUUUGGAAACUGAAAAUAGUAGUGUUAUAUCUCAUGAUCAAAUUAAAAAUGUUGUAAAUAUAGUUGAAAUAACUUAUUUAUAAUUAGUAUGUAUUGCUUGUUAAGAUAAAUUGACAAUGUGGGAUCUAUGGGAAUAAAAUAAACCUAAAUUAUUAUUUAAAUUACAAGUCAAUCAUAGUAGAUUGAAUAAUAUUGUAUUCUUUUAAGAAUAUCACUUAAUUAUAACUUCUGGGUUUGAUACUAAAGUUAAUCUUUAUUAAUUGCAUAAGAAAUAUAAUGAUGGAGAUUACGUUGGUUAAUUGGAAGGUCAUAAUGCUAUUGUUACAGCAAUCUAAUGUGUAGAGAAAUCUCCAAUAGUAAUAACAACUGAUGAUCGAUUGAUUGUAAAAUUAUGGGAUAUCAGAAUUAUGAAAUGCAUAUAAUCUUUUGAUUUAGAAAUGAAAUAAUCUAUCAAUUACAUUACUAUAAUGUAGAAUCUAUCAAGUGUAUGUUUUGCUACGAAUCGAUUAAUCGUAAUGGCUUUUGAAGGUCAUAAUAAAAAUCUUUCUUAACCUAAACCUUAAAAGUAAAGGACUAUACACUUAUAUCCUAAAUAGGUAGAAUUAAAUGCAAUAAGAAAAUAAUUGAUUGUCUCAACAAAUAGAGAUAUUCGAAUUAUCAAUUUAUCUAAUGGAUAAACGGAUACCAUAAUAAAGGCUAUGAUUGGUCAAACAGAUGAUAUGAUCAAUCAAUUUAAACGUAUUAUAUGUCAAUAUUCAAAGCAAUUCAAUAGUAUAAAAAGAUAGUACUUGGAACUACAAAGGGACUAAUUAAAAUAUUUGAUACAAAUUCUGGUGACUUAAUUAAAGAAUACUAAAAUAAUAGUAAUAAAAUUACUCAUCUUUCAAUUGAUUAUUAAAAUAGAAUAAUUUCUACAUCAUCAUUAGAUGGUUAGUUACAUAUCUAUAAGGAGAAUAAUUUAAAUUUAGAAUCCUUAAGAAAAGCUGAAAAUGUUCAUAAUGGUAUUGAUUAUUGUUAUGUUUCUUUAUUCCAUGAUUUGAUUAUUACAGCAGGUGUUGAUAUUGUAUGCUUAUGGAAUUUGGAAUUCACAAAACCAGUCUCUACAAUUAGAACUGAAUCACCUCCUAAAGGUGUUUGUAUUUUAGAUGGUUAUCGUAUAUUGAUUAUUGGAUGUAAAAUUAAUACAUAUUUUCUUUAAUUUCAUAAGAGUGAGGAUUAAUACUUUUAUUAAUAAUUAGGAUUUAUUCAAUAAAGUUGUUGUACUUUUACUGAUAAAAAUGGUACAGUUCUUUUAGGAUCUAGAAAAGGUUUGAUCUGUAAACUUUAAUUUAAUACAUAAAAAAGUUAAAAAGUAUAGUUUCAUCCAUUUAGAUAAAAUUGGGAAGACUAUAAUUUAGGAGUCAAUAAUCAUAAAGUUACUAGAUUUGUUAUUAGCACAACUCAUGAAUUGAAAUUAGAAUAAUAUUUUGAAGCUCAUAAAAAAAGAAUAUAACAUAUAGAUUUUAUAUCAUUAGAGGGUGAUAAUUUAUUAAAAGAAGGUUAAUCUAAAGUAAUAUCUACAUCUAAAGAUGGUUUUUUGAAAAUCUUUGAUUAUCCAUCAUUUGAAUUAAUGUGUGCAUUGAAUGUUAACCAUAUUCUACCACUAAAAUGGUCAAUUAUAAUUGAUGAACAUGAAAUUCUUAAAUUUAAAGUGGCUUUUGCAUUAAAAGUAAUUCAUUUUAUUAGAUCUUAACCUAAUUUGACUAUUAGUCAUUUAAGAAUGCUAGAACCUAAUUCAAUAUUUAAAAAUUUAUUAGGUCAAUAGAAAUUCUUUAAAUAAAAUAUAAAUGAUAAUAAAGUUUAAUUAUUAUAAGACUUUUAUGAACCUAGAGAUUUAGUAUUUCAAAAAGUAAAGGGAUUCUAUAAAAGUGAAUUAUAAGGACUUUCUUUGAAAUAAAUUGAAGAAAAGAAGAAAGUAUUACUUCAAGCAAAAAUGUUUGAGAAAGAUUAUACUGAAUAAAACUUUUAAUCAGAAUAAAAAUAAAAUGAAGAUAUAGGAAAUAAAGAAUUUAAAAGUUGGUAAUAAUUCUUACAUCCAAAUUUCAGAAAGAAUGGAGUACAAGGAGAAAUUGAAUAAAUUGAAAGAUUACAUAUGAUUCAUUAAUUUGAAAAAAAAUUAGAUUAAGUUUUAACUAAAGAAGAUGAUACAAACAUUAAGCCAAAUAUAUCAGGAAGAAGAUAUUCAAAAACAAAAUAAGAUAUCUAAAACAAAAGUGCAAAUAAAUCAACAAGAUUUAGAACCACUCUUCCUUUCUUUUAAUAUGCUAGUGAUAGAAAAUUGGCAUCAAUUCCUGCAUCAACUGAUACUUCUCAAAGAUCUACUCAUAUUGGAUAUGAUACUAUGAGAGAAGAAUACUCAAAAAAGAAAUUCUAAAGAGUUUAAUUUUUGACUUAAAAUAUUGGUUAAUUGAUCUCUGAUUUGGAUUAAAAUAAAAAAAAAUAAGGAUUAGAAAUAGGAGAAAAUGCUAUGAGAAAAACUAGUGGAUAAGUAUUUAAUUAAAUUGUUAAUAAUUUAAAUGAAAAACUAAGAGAUUCAAAAUUUAAGAAAUAUUCUAGAAGUAUGUGUAAACAAGAUCUAGAAGGAAUUUUAAUUGAUGCUCAUCUAAAUUCUAUGCAUUCUAAAUAAUCUUUAAGGAGAAUACCAUGA